UGAAAAUAUUAUGAUUAAAGAAAUUUUACUUCAAGGUGUGUAAAAUAUCAUCAAAGUGUGAAAAUAUGUGCAGAACGUCCUCGUGACCAAGCGGCGUCUCGUUGGCGCAGAAUUCUGCCCCCGUUAGAACCGACACACCCAAGUGUACCGUCACUGGGCGAUUGCGCUCCGGUAUCCCGUCAACGCCAUCGGUGUGGACUCGCUGGUAUUUGUCAAAAGUAACGUUUUACUUCCAUAAGAAACCUUCUCGCUUAGCAAUCGGACACAGGCCCUCACCCUUUCUGGAUGAGCAGGUGUGGGCGAGCCGCAAGAAGAUUCGGCCGCGUACAAGGCUUCGAAAGAACUGCAAGAGGCGACCACCAUGGCAGCGCAUGAGGAAUUCAACGGCCAAUGAUGCGACCCGUCGCCGAGGGCGUCGUCCCAGCAAGCGGAAGUUAUCCGGCCCGGCACGAGGACAAGUGGGGACGGUGGACGUGGUCGGUCAGCGGCCAGGUACACUGCCUGGAGCAUAAAGUGAAUCAAACCAGCUUGCCGAUCUCGUUCGGCCUACCUUGGACAACGACGGCUUUAUCGCCGAACGCGCCGGUUGUGCGCUGGCCAUCAGCACUUACGGGACGAGCUGGAGAGGUGAGUAAAGAAGAUCCAGGGAAGAACGGCGUAUUGAUUUUAUCAGCUGCGAGUACAACCCGAUUAAAGUCUACAGUGCCUCCUGCGGCACGAGGCCAGAUUCUGCCUGAACGAACCAAAGAGCGUGUGGUGGUGAUUCUCUGUGAGCGAAAUCGGAACGCUGUUCUUCAAGACCAAGAGGAUGAAACUGAGCCACAACCAAUUCCAAGACGGUGGCACAUGUAUUUUUUUAAGAGCAGCUGAGAUUGAAACAACAAGAAAAACACAAAUGAAUAAUCGACAA